UUUAUUUACUUUUUCGUUAGAGAACAGAAAUGUUUUCCUAUCAUACACUUUAAAUGCAGAAUCUUAUCGUCUUUAUUUUCCUGUUAGGAUUCUAUUAAUCGUCUUUAAGUCGAACAAGAAGCAUAUUCAGCACUGUACCUUGAAAUCUUUUUUAUCCAGUUUGCAAAAUUACUACCAAUCAUAAAAAAAUGUGUUGGAUUCCUGAAAAAUUAUCAGAUCAAUGUUUUAAUAAUACUGUAAGUUCUGUUUGUCAACCAUCGACAUUUUUGUUUUUGAAACUUAUUUACGAUCUUUUUGGCUCAUCAACAUGUAAAGCGAAACCAAGAAAGAAUAUUGCUAAAGAGUACGACUUCAUAAUUAUUGGAGGUGGUUCUGCGGGAUGUGUUCUCGCAAAUCGACUAAGUGAAAUAAAAGAUUGGAAUGUUCUAUUACUAGAGGCAGGUGUGGAAGAACCAAUGGUAACUGACGUACCAGCUUUUGCCAAUAUACUUCAACGUACAAACAUUGAUUGGGAUUUUAAAGCACAGGAAGAAAAUACAUCAUGUUUGUUAAACAGAGGCUGCACAUGGUCGUAUGGAAAGGUAUUAGGGGGGUCUAGUUCAAUCAGUGGAAUGCUGUACGUAAGAGGAAAUCGAAUUGAUUAUGACGCUUGGGCGAAUUUAGGUAACAUCGGUUGGAGUUAUGAAGAUGUACUGCAUUAUUUCAAGAAAUCAGAAGACAAUAGAGAUGAGACGAUAGUGUACAAUAAUCAUCAUUAUCACAGUACAGGAGGAUAUCAGUCAGUGGAAAAAUUAUCAUACCAGGAUCAGCAUACAAAAAAUCUAAUGGAAGCCAGCAAACAAAUGGGUUACAGAGUAUUGGAUGUGAAUGGAGAACAACAAUUAGGAGCAAUGGUUCUUCAGGCUACAUCCAAUGGAGGAAGACGUCAAAGUUCAAAUAAAGCUUUUAUUGAACCGAUUAGAACAAAGCGAGCUAAUUUAGUUAUAGAAACCGAGGCGUACGUUACACGAAUACUAAUUGAUCGAAAGACGAAAAAAGCCUAUGGUGUUGAGUAUACAUCACCAGGAAGCAAUAUGAAAAAAAUGGUGAAAGCGCGAAAGGAAAUCAUUUUAUCAGCAGGAGCUAUAAAGUCACCUCAGUUAUUGAUGGUUUCUGGUAUAGGUCCAACUGCAGAACUUAAAAAACACAACAUUGAAGUCAUUUAUAAUUCGGCAGUGGGGAGAAAUCUCCAGGAUCAUGUGACAUUCACGGGAAUCUACAUCCUUCUAAAUCAUACAGACAGGACAUUAGAGCAGAAGAAAGAAGACUUACGCACAUUUCUAAAAAAUCAAAAGGGACCCUUGUCGUCAAUAGGUCCUCAAAUAAUAUCAAUUUUUGGUCGAACGAUUUUUGAAAAACAAAAUGCACCUGACAUUCAAUUUCUUUUUAUAGGAACAAAGAUUAAGGAUCUAGAUCUAAGUCCAAUAAUGAGUUACUAUGACUCUAUUCUCUUUUAUCCGACAUUAUUGACUCCUAAGAGUAGAGGGACUAUAAAACUUAAUGAAACAGAUCCUGUAUGGGGUUCACCUGUUAUUCAUCCAGGAUAUCUUACGAAUAAGGAAGACACUGACCGACUAUUAAAGGCCAUAAGAAUGUGUCUUCAAUUCUUUGGGACUAAGAGUUUCAUGGACAAUAACUAUCGAUUGUACGAUACUCCCCAAUCGCCUUGUGAUAAUUUAAGAUUGAAUAGUGAUGAAUAUUGGAUUUGUUUGUUAAGAGCGAAAACAGUGCCUGGUUCUCAUGCAGCUGGUUCUUGUAAAAUGGGACCAAAAAAUGAUCCUGAAGCUGUCGUGGAUUCGAGAUUACGAGUGUAUGGGGUCAAAAGAUUACGAGUUGUCGAUGCAUCUAUUAUGCCUAUUAUACCUCGUGGAAAUACUCAUGCCCCUACUGUUAUGAUUGCUGAAAAAGCUAGUGAUUUAAUAAAAGACGAUUGGUAUUUCAGAUAAUAGGUUUUGAAAAAUUGGGGAAAAGUUCAACCUUACAAUAUUUUUAAACUAUUUUUGCAAAACUGUCACAACAAAAACUACUUAUGCAAACCUUAAUUAUAGACCUAUAGCUAAUAGUAACUGUGCUAAAAUGUUUGAAUUCUGUGACACACCAACUUUUAAUUCUGCUUUUUUUGUUUUCGAAUUUCAAGAUAGCUGCAUCGAAAGAUUAACAAUAACUAAUUUAACUAAUUUAUUUACGAGCAAAAAUAAAGUAUAUACGGAUUUAGAAAGAAAGGAUAUAAAAAGAGGGACAUAAAAAGGGUUACAGAAAUUACAUAAUUUUUUGCAGUACUUUUAUAAUUUAUUUAUAAAAUAAUAAAUUAAAAAAUAGAAAAUAUUUUACAGUGCAGUGAUUUAAAUAUAAAUUUAAUGGUAUUUCUUCAAUUAAAACUUCCAUUUACCUUGGAUUCCAAUGUAAGGAUCCAUACUGUGUCCGGGAUACUUGAUGCCACCACCAGUGACGCUAAAUUGACGACUCUCUCGAUCACUCACUGGUUUCUGCCCUGGAUUUGCUUCUCUCUUGAAACGCCAUUGUCCUUGGACUCCAACGGUAGGCUCCCAGUUACGCCCUGGGUACCUGACGCCACCACCAGUGGCACUGAAGUGACCGUGUUUGUUUUCGAAUACUUUGUGUUUACCCACAUAGCACAAUAGUAUGAGGUAAGGUUAUGUUGAAUACUAAUCGUAAGGCACAUAAGGUUACACGAUAUUGCUGUGGUAGACCUAAGGUGAACUAAAAACUUCCGCCAUGGAGG